UUAUCCGACACGCAGGAUCUUCAGAACUCACCAUUGACUUGAGUUGGUGCAGCUUACCAGCUGGUAGCCCACUGGUAAGCUGCAUAAGCUGGGAAAUAAAACCAGGGUAGCCAAACAAAACUGUUAUGGUGCCUCUGUUACCCCUGCAGAACAACAAAUCUUUUGAAACCCAAUUAAUAAAUAUUAAAACCAAAACGGGAAGAGGCGCAGACCAAAUACACUGAUCACCUGAGCAGUGAGGAGAAACUCAUCCACACUCAUCCACACUUAAAUAAUCAUGAAAUAGGCAUCAUUUAUCUUUUUAGAGAAGUUAAAGGUUUUUAUGCUUUAUGUAAAAAAAAACAAUUACCAUAUUUCUAAGAAAGUGCUUACAUUGCGAAAACCAAAAGUCUUUGCAAUAAUGUCCCUGAAAUGUAAAAAGCUUCACAUCAAAAUGCUUGACAUGAUGAUAAAAACAGUCAAAGUCUAGAUCACACGGUCAUGUGACGCUGCUAAAAACUCAUUCACACAAAACCAAAUAUAAAAUGUACUUAGAUUCAGAAUUCACUUCAGUCUUAUAGUUUGUCGAAAAUGUAGAUUUAGAAGCUUGUUGUUGAAAGCUGUGAAGAAACAUGAGGAAGAAAGAAAAAAACCUCUAAAGUAACUUGAAGGAGGAGCUGUUAUUCACAGAAUGAGGAACCAUUUCUCUCCAGACUGUGGGUUGAUGUUGGCUUCAGCCUCUGACAGAAAAGACUGAGAGAAGAAGAGACAGAGAAGAGCAGAGGAGAGAACAAUGUUUGACUUCACAUCACUUCACUUCCCUCUGUUUCUGACAUGGAUGCUCACAUCUACAGACGCUCAAACAUUUGAACAGAAGACUGUCAGAGUUGGAGAUGAAGUCACUUUGAAAUGUGAAAAUGGAAAUGAUUUCAGUGAUGGAUGUUCCAGAAUCACCUGGUUGUACAGUUAUUCAAAUCAAACAUUUUCCCUGUUUGAACACGGGAAGAUUCACAAAGAUGUUGGAUCUAAAUCAGACAGACUGAGUCUUACAGAGAAAUGUUCUCUGGUGAUAAAGAAGAUCACAUAUGAAGAUGCUGGAAUUUACAACUGCAGACAGUUCAGCACAUCAGGAGAACAGGAAACAGAUUUUCAAGUUGGACUGAACGUUAAGAAAAAUGAUGUUAGAUCAACUAGAAAAACACUUAAACCAACAUCCAAACCAUCUUCUGCAUCAACAUCUGCAGCUGAAUCCACAACAACCACAGAAUCAGUUCUGUCUAUAUCCAAACCAUCAGCUGCAACAGAUCAUCUCUCUAAAGCAGCUCCAGGCAUGACAGCAGUGAUCACUGCAGCUGUAAUUGUGGCAGCAUGCUUAAUAGUUGUUGUCAUAUUGAUGGGAUGGAGGAGGAUUAAAGAAAGAAAAACACAAAUUGAGGAAAAUAUGCUGCAGACUCCUCCAGAAGAUGUUGGUUCCUACGCCUCCAUCACUUUCUCCAGGAACACCAACAACAGGCAGCAGGUUGUGGACAAAGACGAUGAAGGAGAUGCAGUGACCUACAGCACUGUCAAAGUGUCCUCUUCUUCUGCUCAUGUCCACACUGAUCCCAUCAGCCUUCAUUAAACCAACAGAUGAGAGUCACAGCAAAUGUUCCUCCUGAGGCUUUGUUGUGUUAGAACAGUGUUUCCCUGACCCUGGUCCUCGGAGAACAGUAAUCUGCAUUUUUUCAAUCCAGCCCUCCUCAAACACACCUGCCUUUGAUGACUGUCAUCAUCAGGCUUCUGCAGAGCCUGAUGAUGAGCUGAAUCAUGUCUGGAUAAGCAGGUCAACAUGGGAAACAUGCAGGACAGUGUUCCUGAGGACCAGGGUUGGGAAACACUUGGUUAGAAUCCUGCAUUUAGAUCUUGAAGGUCAUGUUUUCUUAGAAGCUGCAGGACUUUCACUUCACAUCUGGUCAUUUUAACCUUCAUUGAAUACUUAUUACCUAAACCCCACUUCAUGGUAAUAAAUUUGCUGCAAACCUGCAGGCACCAAAUGUUGCAGUUCCCUAAAAGAUCACUGAAGGCAGCUUUCAAAAGGGAACAACUUCACCAAAAAUAAACCUGUAUGGUUCUAAAAACAUUGAUAAUAUAUCGGUACUUUUCUUUACAACGUUCAUUCUAUAUAUAUAUCGCAGUUCACCUUUCCAUGCUCUUUUUUCUCUCUUUUGUGCAUUGUGUUCCAUGUUCCUAUCAGCUAUAGACUAUUGUGAACAAAUCUCCAUUGGUCUGCUGUACUGAAUCCUUCAAACGGCCACAUUUACAUAAAUCUUCCAUCAUUUCAGGUUUUUUUUUUGUCAAUAAUACUGGACUUAUUUUUAUGAUGGUUUAAACUUUGAGAGUUUAAACAAGAGAGAAAAGUCUGAAGAUGUUUAUGUCUAUGUGAGAAAAGUCUAUAAAUGUGUAGUGAGGAUUUUACUGCCUUAAAACUUUUAGUUAUUGUGAAAAAUAAAGUUGACUACUUUACA